AUGGCUAAAAUGAUGACCUACAGGGACAUUCUAGAGCGGCAUCUGCCCAUCCACCAUGCAGAGUCUAAGGGUGUCCAGCGCACACUUGUGGCAUGCCAAACAUGCCGGCAUAGGAAGUCCAAGUGCAACUCUGGCGACCCUUGCCUAACGUGCUCCCACUUGAAGGUGCCCUGUGUUCGGGUUCCAUCGAGCACACAAGUUACUCCCACUCGGGUCACCCGUCCACAGGCCUUGGCCGAAGAGCCCCAUGAUGAAAACGCAGUCCCCAUAGGACUGCACGUUAAUACACUCUGGGACACAUCUUCGACUUGCAAUAAAGACUCUGGCGAUACCCCUGGUUCAUCGCGGAAGCAUUCAACCAUCAGUACUAUAGCAGACGGGGAGGUCUCAGGUACUCUUAGAUUUAACUGGCCGUCUGUUAAUGAGUGGGCAUCGGAAGUCCGACCAGUUUCUUGUGACGUUGAUUUGGUAGAGGCUUUGCUUGCUUUGCCCGCGACAGAAGACGAUAAUCAAUGCCAGCCAGUAUUACCACAAACGCCAGAUUCCUUAACCAGCAUGGGACAGACUUGCCUCCCCGAAACAGUGUUUCACGAGGCAUGGGGAAUUCUCCACCACUCUACUCUGGAACGAGCAGACCAAUACCCGUGGGUCUCACAGGCUCUGAAAUUAGUCAAAUGGCCGCUGUCAAAAAAUAAUGAGCGGAACAAACUGGUGACGGAUUUGAUGAGGCACUUGGUAGCCGGCCCGGAAGGCCUUGACUCCAGACUAACCGAGACAUUUCGAGCUAUCCAAGCUCUUGUGAUAGUUUUGAUAUCGUUUACUGCUGAAGAUAUUUUGUCGGAAUCCGCCCAUUGGGCUGCGCAGGGCACUGAUGUAGCUAUAUCUGCAAUGCGGCGCAUGGGGAUGUUUUCCGGGCAAUGGGUGCCACUGGAUAACUUGGAAGAAGACAGGUGGAUGUGUGAAGAAGAAGUCAAGAGAAUGGCUUACGCCGUCCUUCGGCUGGAUGUAUAUUUCAGCAUCGCCAUACAUCGUCCUCCAUCUGUACGCUUUCAAGAACUCCGUCUUGCCCUCCCUGUCACUGAAACCCUUUGGAGAGCUUCAAAAGCAGAGGAUAGAUAUCGCCUUCAGUGGUUUGAACCAGCGGGGCGUGAUAAGUGCAUUUUCCAAUCUGCCGUCCAGGAAAUCUUUCAGAGUGCCGGUGAAUUACCUGAUAACCAGCGGCAGCCUUUUGAAGAACUAGAUAGUCAUUUGGCCCUUUGUGCAAUCCAAGUGGACUUAUGGUCAGCCAUUCAAGCAUUGCGUGGAGUGAAAGAUGGCGCCGGCACAGAAUUUCUAAUGCCGGUAAGCCAACAGGGUAGUCUCGGCUACCAAAGAAACCAUUUGUCCUACUGCCAAUCAUACCUCGAAGGUGCAUAUAAAAGAGGGCAUAUAUGUUGCACAGGCCGUUCGGAAUCACAACACUUUUGGCUCACUCUGAACUUGACCUUAUUCCACUUGACGCUUCUCAACAUUCAUGCAGAUAUUUCUCUUCUCGAAAGCCAGCGCGGUGGUAAUUCUCGGCAAGAAAUAGAGUCCCGUAGGGCAAUUCGAGCAUGGGCAGAUUCCGCUCAUGGGCGCAAAGCAGUAUUCCAUGCAGCCCAGCUGCAGCAGAAGUCUGAAUGCAAAACAUGUGCUUCAUGGCCAGAAUACUACAAAUAUUGGAAUCCAUUGAGACCGAUAGCUUUGUUGUAUAGUUGUAUUGUCUUGUGUGCCUACAACGCUGAAUGCACGAUAUCUCUGGUUGAGGAUAGCGCUGCGGUGGAACUGUCUGGAGUGAGCGGCAUGGAUGAAGCGGUUCAAUACUGGAUACGGGAAGGUGGUAGUGCAUCUAUUCGGGGCACAAUUCUAGGGAGGUCCGCUCUAUCUCAGCUGAUCCCAUGGUCUUGUGAGCGACUGUCGAUGUUCAAUGCGAGCUGUCGUCGAUUCGAAAGGUUUGUGUCUGCAGCCACCGAUUACCGCUAG